GUUAUCUGCAGCAUCAGCUGGAUCUCUGUCUCAGUGGCUGAGUCUCAGAUUGUGAAUGUCCAGUCUGGUCAAAGUGUCACACUGUGGUCCCCCAUACUGACUAAAAACACUGUGAUGACCUGGUCCAGACUGAUCAAUAAAACCACAGCCAGCUGCAUCUGUUUUACUGCCAGAUCUAAAGGAAACGUCCAGUUCUGUGAUGGAUUUAAUAAUUUGACGUUUGAACUGAAAGACAACACCAGUGAAGUGUUUCUCACAAUCAAAAAGGUUCAUUUAUCCGAUUCCGGAAUCUAUUUCUGUGAAUUUUUCAACAGCGGCAAAAGCACUUACCAUGUUACGCAUUUAAAUGUUGAAGGCAGUGAGGAAACGCAGAACACAAAGUCUAAAACAGAGUGUAAUAAAACUGAUGAAACAACAUAUGUGAUGAGCUUGAUCCUCGGUGGUUUGACUGUUUUCCUUCUCGUGGUCGUUACUGGUCUGGUUGUUUCCCUCGGAAAACGUCAAGCAGCUUCUGGUGAAAAACAAGAUGCACAACUCCACCAGAAUGUGGACAGUGACAACCUGAAGGCUGCAGCACUGAGUGUGUUUUCACCAGCAGUAAGAAGCAGGAGACCUGCAUCACAGAGACAAGUGGAGACUCAUGUUACUUACGCUGCCAGCAGAUAGACUCACAGAGCAACUGCUGCUCUUAUCAGACUGAUCUACUGCUGUGUUCUGAUGGGAACUUACUGAAACUAGGGAGAAAUGAGUGAGUGAACAUACAGACGUGGUUCAGGUCAUGAUCCUCUCAUGUCUCACUCCAUCCUCCUAUUAUGACCUGACUUUGGUGACAGACUGAUGAAGGUCUGCAGCAGAGCAGGGCUGAGUGAGACACACAUCACUAGUUUGACAUAAAGAGAAAAUAGGAUGUAGAAAAACAAUGAGGCCCAUGAACUUGACAUGAAUGUCUGAGAUGAACCAAUAAAUUAUGUCUGAUUUUGUAAUAACACUCAGACAAAACCUCUGUUGCCAUAUUAGUAUAUUCAUCAGUAGAAAUGUGACCUGAUGUUAAUGAGCCAUGAGUUAUAAAAUGGCUGAUGGUGUAGUUAUAAAAGCAAAUGACAGAUACACUGCUGACGUUUACACUGCAGUGGAAAGCAGAAGUGUUUGUAUUAGUGGCGUGUCUGAUUCUGUAUCUUCACACUUCUCAAACCGACACGUGACUAAUUUAUCUCCACCUAUUGUAAACACAUCUAUAAAAGUUCUGAAACGUCUGAUUCAGCUCAACGACUCUUUAGUCUCAUGAAAACGUUGACUCUGCUGCAGUUACAACACAUUUAACACAUCACCGCAACAGAACUACAGCAGCAGCUCCAUUUAUCUCCACUAUGAUACAUUCACUGUUCAAUGCAGCUGAUACGAUGAUACUAAAAACUCAGAGCUGUCACUCACUGAGAACAGAAUCACAUCAGAGUAGAAACGACUCAACAAGUUAGUGUCAGUAACUAAUGUUAUGAUCAGUUGGGUUGAAUGACAGGAAACAGAAAUGACACACGUUGGUUCAACAAGCAGCCAGAACACACACCAGCAGAUCUGAGACAAGUUUCCAGCUUCACAACUGAACACAUAAAAUCAACAUGAACAAAAGCAAGGACACAACAUGAGUCUCUACACUGAUCUGAUCAUUGAGCUGAGACAGUUCACCUCCCAAACUAGCAGCAACAAGACGUUACUGCUCCACUACUAACAACCACAUCACUGCUGAAUCUGUCUGGAAAGGUUUAGUCAUUAAAACUCAACACUGAGCAGUUCAUCACAUUAUUGUAAUGAAUCAAACUCUGUAAUAUUCAGCAAGAACAUUCUGCUUUUGUUCUAUCAUACACAUAUGGAGGCUGAGUGAGC